AUGGAGACACAAAGAGGGCCAAGGCACAGACGGAGAGUGGGAAAGUGGGCGAGCAGCAGUGGGAAGCGGCGCUUUGAUGCCACUGGCUCCCUGAGUGAUGCUACUGGCUCCCUGAGUGAUGCCACUGGCUCCCUGAGUGAUGCUACUGACUCCCUGAGUGAUGCUACUGGCUCCCUGAGUGAUGCUACUGACUCCCUGAGUGAUGCUACUGGCUCCCUGAGUGAUGCUACUGACUCCCUGAGUGAUGCUACUGACUCCCUGAGUGAUGCUACUGACUCCCUGAGUGAUGCUACUGACUCCCUGAGUGAUGCUACUGACUCCCUGAGUGAUGCUACUGACUCCCUGAGUGAUGCUACUGACUCCCUGAGUGAUGCUACUGGCUCCCUGAGUGAUGCUACUGACUCCCUGAGUGAUGCUACUGACUCCCUGAGUGAUGCUACUGACUCCCUGAGUGAUGCUACUGACUCCCUGAGUGAUGCUACUGACUCCCUGAGUGAUGCUACUGGCUCCCUGAGUGAUGCUACUGACUCCCUGAGUGAUGCUACUGACUCCCUGAGUGAUGCUACUGGCUCCCUGAGUGAUGCUACUGACUCCCUGAGUGAUGCUACUGACUCCCUGAGUGAUGCUACUGACUCCCUGAGUGAUGCUACUGACUCCCUGAGUGAUGCUACUGACUCCCUGAGUGAUGCUACUGACUCCCUGAGUGAUGCUACUGACUCCCUGAGUGAUGCUACUGACUCCCUGAGUGAUGCUACUGACUCCCUGAGUGAUGCUACUGACUCCCUGAGUGAUGCUACUGACUCCCUGAGUGAUGCUACUGACUCCCUGAGUGAUGCUACUGACUCCCUGAGUGAUGCUACUGACUCCCUGAGUGAUGCUACUGACUCCCUGAGUGAUGCUACUGACUCCCUGAGUGAUGCUACUGACUCCCUGAGUGAUGCUACUGACUCCCUGAGUGAUGCUACUGACUCCCUGAGUGAUGCUACUGACUCCCUGAGUGAUGCUACUGACUCCCUGAGUGAUGCUACUGACUCCCUGAGUGAUGCUACUGACUCCCUGAGUGAUGCUACUGACUCCCUGAGUGAUGCUACUGACUCCCUGAGUGAUGCUACUGGCUCCCUGAGUGAUGCUACUGGCUCCCUGAGUGAUGCUACUGACUCCCUGAGUGAUGCUACUGACUCCCUGAGUGAUGCUACUGACUCCCUGAGUGAUGCUACUGACUCCCUGAGUGAUGCUACUGACUCCCUGAGUGAUGCUACUGACUCCCUGAGUGAUGCUACUGACUCCCUGAGUGAUGCUACUGACUCCCUGAGUGAUGCUACUGACUCCCUGAGUGAUGCUACUGACUCCCUGAGUGAUGCUACUGACUCCCUGAGUGAUGCUACUGACUCCCUGAGUGAUGCUACUGACUCCCUGAGUGAUGCUACUGACUCCCUGAGUGAUGCUACUGACUCCCUGAGUGAUGCUACUGACUCCCUGAGUGAUGCUACUGACUCCCUGAGUGAUGCUACUGACUCCCUGAGUGAUGCUACUGACUCCCUGAGUGAUGCUACUGACUCCCUGAGUGAUGCUACUGACUCCCUGAGUGAUGCUACUGACUCCCUGAGUGAUGCUACUGACUCCCUGAGUGAUGCUACUGACUCCCUGAGUGAUGCUACUGACUCCCUGAGUGAUGCUACUGACUCCCUGAGUGAUGCUACUGACUCCCUGAGUGAUGCUACUGACUCCCUGAGUGAUGCUACUGACUCCCUGAGUGAUGCUACUGACUCCCUGAGUGAUGCUACUGACUCCCUGAGUGAUGCUACUGGCUCCCUGAGUGAUGCUACUGACUCCCUGAGUGAUGCUACUGACUCCCUGAGUGAUGCUACUGACUCCCUGAGUGAUGCUACUGACUCCCUGAGUGAUGCUACUGGCUCCCUGAGUGAUGCUACUGACUCCCUGAGUGAUGCUACUGACUCCCUGAGUGAUGCUACUGACUCCCUGAGUGAUGCUACUGACUCCCUGAGUGAUGCUACUGACUCCCUGAGUGAUGCUACUGACUCCCUGAGUGAUGCUACUGACUCCCUGAGUGAUGCUACUGACUCCCUGAGUGAUGCUACUGACUCCCUGAGUGAUGCUACUGACUCCCUGAGUGAUGCUACUGACUCCCUGAGUGAUGCUACUGACUCCCUGAGUGAUGCUACUGGCUCCCUGAGUGAUGCUACUGACUCCCUGAGUGAUGCUACUGGCUCCCUGAGUGAUGCUACUGACUCCCUGAGUGAUGCUACUGGCUCCCUGAGUGAUGCUACUGACUCCCUGAGUGAUGCUACUGACUCCCUGAGUGAUGCUACUGACUCCCUGAGUGAUGCUACUGACUCCCUGAGUGAUGCUACUGACUCCCUGAGUGAUGCUACUGACUCCCUGAGUGAUGCUACUGACUCCCUGAGUGAUGCUACUGACUCCCUGAGUGAUGCUACUGACUCCCUGAGUGAUGCUACUGACUCCCUGAGUGAUGCUACUGACUCCCUGAGUGAUGCUACUGACUCCCUGAGUGAUGCUACUGACUCCCUGAGUGAUGCUACUGACUCCCUGAGUGAUGCUACUGACUCCCUGAGUGAUGCUACUGACUCCCUGAGUGAUGCUACUGACUCCCUGAGUGAUGCUACUGACUCCCUGAGUGAUGCUACUGACUCCCUGAGUGAUGCUACUGGCUCCCUGAGUGAUGCUACUGACUCCCUGAGUGAUGCUACUGACUCCCUGAGUGAUGCUACUGACUCCCUGAGUGAUGCUACUGACUCCCUGAGUGAUGCUACUGACUCCCUGAGUGAUGCUACUGACUCCCUGAGUGAUGCUACUGACUCCCUGAGUGAUGCUACUGGCUCCCUGGGGUAG